UCUUUUAUCUUUUAUGGAGAAAGUAAUAGAAACUUUUUUCUGAUACCAUCAUCUUCUUCCUCCUACUCAAUUUCUGGGAGGUUUUCUCACCCUCGAAGUGAAAUAUUUCAUUCUAUUCAUUAUCUACCUAGUGGGCGUGUUACAAUUCCUUUGUCCCUACGGCUGAUGUAAAGAUUCUGAAGAUUUUUCCUUCAUUGCUGCGGUUCCGAGUAGAACUAUGUAUUUAUCAACAGCUUUACUGCAUUCUUGAGUGAAGAGGUCCAUUUCCAGCGACCGUUGGGUCGCCCUAAAGGUGAAGGAUAAGAGGAGGACCUCUAGGGUUUCGAAGUUGCCUGAGCUGCAAUGCACUUGUGGAACACUCUAAUUGACGAACAUUUCUGGGAAUCGGAAAGCGGCAGUGUUGUUAUCUUCUACCUAUGCUUUCAAUUUUGAUAGACCAGAUUUGGGCUUUCUUUCCAGCAUGCUUACAGAUUUGGACUCUCGUUUAAUCAGCUUUUUGAGAAGGUGUGCUGGAAAUGGAAAACACAGACACAGAGCAGGAAACAGAGUCUUCAUCGAGAGGGGUUUUCAAGUUACUUGGAGAACCUGCGAUAGUUAUUAAUGGGGUGCCCCACAUGCCCCCAAAUAACAGCACUCCUGUUCUCUCUAACACAGUAAAUAAUGCAGAAUUGAAUGGGAAUACAGUUUUCGGUGACUGGUUGGAAGGGCGGACUGUUCAAAAGUUGUUCGGGGAGCAAUAUUAUUCUGGUAUGGUUACUGAGUUUGACAAAGAGUCAGGGUGGUACAGAGUGGUAUAUGAAGAUGGUGACUUUGAAGAUCUUGACUGGAAUGAGUUGGAAGAGGUGCUUCUGCCCUUGGACAUAACAGUUCCACUGAGAUCGUUAGCACUGAAGACUAUCAGGAGAAGCAAGAAAGUUGUCAACAAAUCCGGGAAAGGUGUUGGUCAUUCUCGAAUCAGUAAAGCCAAAAAUGUUGCGAGUAAGGGAAAGAAAAUUUCAGAGCAUGAAGAGGCAAAGGUUGACAAACCUCAAUUGUUCGUAGAGGGUAAGCAGGAAUAGGUUGCACCAUUUUAAUAAAAUGAUAAUUGGAAGAUUGGCGUUGUAAGAUGGACAGAACAAAAUUAUGUGACUCAGGAGAAGCAGCCUAAAUGUGAAUAGCUGUUGUUACAUGGUAAACUUGGGACUGAGAAUCCGAUGAUUUUAGUCCGAAUGUUUGCUGUGUUUGUAGUUUGUGAAUUUCGGUGCAAAUGUAGUGGAAUCGGCAAAACUGACUGUACUUGUAUCGAACCUUUUUCAAAUGUUCAGCAAUGAAUAAGAAAUAACAACUUCCAUGCGAUGUUCUCCUUAA